GACAUGUCGCUCCCGGAGGGUCUCGUGGUUCCCCUGAUAGUCUCAAUGCUGUUGCUCUGUGGGGCUCCGUGGGCCCACGGACGGCGGAGCGACAUGCUUGUCAUCACAGAUGAGAACCGGACGGAGCUGGAAGGGGAGUGGAUGAUGGAAUUCUAUGCUCCGUGGUGUCCUGCUUGUCAAAAUCUUCAACCAGAAUGGGAAAGUUUUGCUGAAUGGGGAGAAAAUCUUGAGGUUAAUGUUGGAAAAGUAGAUGUCACAGAGCAGACAGGACUGAGUGGACGAUUUAUCAUAACUGCACUUCCUAGUAUUUAUCAUUGUAAAGAUGGUGAAUUUAGGCACUAUCAGGGUCCAAGGACUAAGAAGGAGUUCAUAAACUUUAUAAGUGAGAAGGAAUGGAAGAAUAUUGAACCUGUCUCCUCAUGGUUUGGUCCAGGUUCUGUUCUGAUCAGUGGUAUGUCAGCACUUUUCCGGCUAUCCAUGUAUAUUAGGACUUGCCACAACUAUUUUAUUGAAGACCUUGGAUUACCAGUUUGGGGCUCAUACACAAUUUUUGCUUUAGUGACUCUCCUUUCAGGACUAUUAUUAGGACUUUGUAUGAUAUUUGUAGCAGAUUGUCUUUGUCCUUCAAAAAGGCAUAAAUCACAACCAUGCUCUUCAAGAAAACCAUUACCAGAAUUUUCUCAACCUUUGAAAAAAGUGGAGGAAGAACAAGAGGCUGAUGAAGAAGAUGUUUCAGAAGAAGAAGUAGAAAAUAAAGAAGGAACAAACAAAGACUUUGCACAGAAUACCAUAAGACAACGUUCUGGGGGUUCUUCUUUGGCCACAGAUAAAUCUUAGUUCAUCAUUAUAUGUAACACUUGAUAGGAUUUUGACAAAACAAGAUUGAUUAUUUGUUUUGAAAACUGUGACUUACUUGUAUAUUAUGGGGGUCAGUCUAGAUUGAACAGUUUUCAUUCAGAAAAUAAAGUGGAUAUAAAAGUUUGA